AUGGCUGCCACACAGAAAGCCCAACAGCUUAUUGACGACAACGCCGUUGUCGUCUUCAGCAAGUCGUACUGCCCUUACUGCCGUAGCACGAAGCGCACACUCGACGGCCUUGGUGCUAAGUACUUUGCUAUCGAACUCGACCAGGAGGUUUAUAAAAGGACAUUUACUAACGGAGCGGAUUGCAUAGAGGAUGGCAGCGAGAUUCAGGAUGCACUCCAGAGACUCUCCGGCCAACGCACCGUGCCGAACAUCUACAUCGGCAAAAGGCAUAUUGGCGGUAAUUCAGAUCUGGAGGCGCACAAGAACAAGGAUCUGAAGAAGCUGUUGAAAGAUGCCGGCGCGCUUGCUUAG